AUGAAGGAAAAAAAUGGAACGGCUGUGUUUGAAUUCAUCGUACUGGGAUUUUCCAGCCUUGGUGAGAAACUGAAGAUUUUCCUCUUCCUGAUUCUUCUCGUCACCUACCUGAUCACAGUGACGGGCAAUGUGGUCAUCAUUUUCAUAGUGUGGGUGGAUCGCCGACUCCACUCUCCCAUGUACUUUUUCAUCGCCAAUUUGUCCUUUUUGGAAAUCUGGUUCACCACAGUCACGAGCCCUAAGAUGAUGCUGAACUUUGUGUCAGUCAGUAGAACCAUUUCACUGAAUGGCUGCAUGGCCCAGACCUUCUUCUAUUUCGCCUUAGGUGUAACAGAGUUAGCUCUCCUAGUGGUCAUGUCCUUUGAUCGCUAUGUUGCCAUCUGCCACCCUUUGCAAUACACCACCAUCAUGAAGCAGAGACUCUGCAUCCAGCUGGUCCUUGGUUCGUGGGUGGGAAGUUUCACAGUUAUGAGUUUACGGAUGCUCCUGAUUUCGAAGUUGAGAUUCUGUGGACUAAAUGUGAUCAACCAUUUCUUUUGUGACAAUUCUCCCCUCUUCCAACUCUCCUGCACUGACACCAGUGGGGUGAGAAGGGUGGAUUCCAUUUUGAGCUCAACCAUAGUCCUGAGCUCACUAUGCCUGACAAUGUUGUCAUAUGUGAGCAUCUUAUUCUCUGUUCUCCGAAUCCCAACAGCCACAGGCAGACAGAAAGCUUUUGCUACCUGUGGCUCCCACCUCACAUCUUUGGCAAUUGGGUAUGCAAGCUGCAUUGUUUUGUAUGUCAGGUCUUCAGAAAAUGCUUCCUUAGAUGUCAACAAAGGGGUGGCUCUGCUGAACACCAUAGUGUACCCUUUCCUCAACCCCUUCAUCUACAGCCUCAGAAACAAGACUGUGAAACUCGCCCUGAGAGAAACCUUUAGCUUGAGCACUGUAAAGUUGUUCCCCAAUCUGUGA